UCAACAAUUCUAUUACUUCCUCAUGCAUCUCAUGGUUUUACUCACAUACACACACAUGUUGCUAUCCGGCAGUCAUGCCGUAAACACCAACUUCGAAGCUAUGAGUGUUAGCUUCCUGUCGUGAGAAAUGACUGCGGCAUCGUGAAAUGCCAACAUGAAUUGUAAACAGACCUCAUACAUUGUAGAACAACUCACUUCUGCGAGGACGAAGCAGUUUCCUCCCGACAGUCACGGCGUAUCCAAAUGUCUUCUAUAAGUUCAGUUCAGAUCUUCUCUUCCCAUCUCUUCAUCUUAAAGCGCGAUCCCAUCAAUUUCCAUCCAUCAAUAACCUUUUCAUUCAUUCAUUCGGUAUCUAAGAUACGGGAUAAGAAAAAAAACAUAUCGAUUAAGUCUUAGGAUUAAGUCAGAAUUAACCAUACGAAACCAAUAAUAAGGAUAGAUAAUAGGAAAUAGAGAGAGAGAGAGAUAGCUAUGGCGGACGUGAACCAUAGCUGGGAUAACGCAAAUUUCGUGCCCGUCCUCGGAGAGGACAUCCCAGGCAUAACGUCCGCGUGCGAGAGGCUGGGCGACUUGUUAGGGAUCCACGAAGAGACAUGCAAGGAGGUAAAAGAGCACGUAGCAACGAACUACGAGUGCGCCGUCCUCGAGAGCCUCGGUAUAACCAUCGGCUUCCCGAGACAAGGCAUAACACAGUACCUCGGGAGUAGGCCUGGCGGCCAGAGAUUCCUCGCUCUUGUCUGCGCCUUGGGGACCGCCUUCGAUCCGCCCGAAAGCGCGCAGGUGGUAGCGAGUCUGAUGGGCAGCCACCUCAAGCUGGGAGCGAUGCCACGUCCUACGGCCGAGAAGCUUUGCCCGCUACUCGACACCGUCAAGGCGCAAUGCAACUUGUCCAACUUCGCCAACCUCGUCGCGGAUUACGAGAUAACGUUGACGCGCGAGCUCCGCAAACGACGCCUCGGUCCCGCCGCCUGUUCAGGUCGCCUAGACAAAACCCCCGACACGGACGCGGUGACCAAGCUAGCCCAGUUAUUGUUGUCGAAUAAAUCCGCGGAGUCCGGCGAGAGAAGGCCGAAGGCGAUAACGAUCCAAGCGGGGAGCUGCGUGCCCUGGCUCGUCGCCUUCCUGCGCUGGUGGCUGCGCAAGACCCCUGUGGUCUACCUCGGAGAAGGCCAGCCAGCGAGCCAGCAGCAAUGCGAAAAGAUCAUCCAAGGCGACACCAGCAUCGGGAUCAAGCUCGGGUUUCCCGCGACGCAGAAAGACGGCAGCGCGCCGGAACUCGUCCGGGUCAGGGCCGUGUACUCGCCGUCGCACUGGGAAGACUGGACCUUCCGCCACGGCCGGGCGGAGCGACGCUACGGCGGCCUCGUCUCGAUCCCCACGUACUUCCGCCUCAUGCUCAACGCCUUCCGGCUGGACCAGGGCCAGGCCAACCAGGCCGCCGUGGAGGUAAUUCCGUACGCGCUGUCCGAGGCGCGGAAGAGCCUGACGAUGUGCUCCGAGGGGUGCGUGUCCCGCGGCCGGUGGGGCGUGCCCUGCGCCACGACGACGGAUCUCGCCGGCGCCAAGUCCAAGCUCUGGCUGCAGUCGCAGGAGGAAAAAGAGAAGGAGAAGGAGGGGGAGGAGGGGCACAACAAAGAGGCGGUCCUGGCAAGCGAGCUAGCGAAGAUCCGCUCGGGCCGCUUCGAGCCGUUCCCGGAGCGGGCCGAGAUCAACAGCAUUCUGCGGCUGGUCGGCGGGUGCGAGGGGAAGCACAUGCAGGACCUGCGCAGCAAGCAGAUGGGGCUGCCGAUCUACGGGCACAAGGAAGCCGCCGCGUUCCUGGGGCAGGCGAAGCACGAAUCCGAGCGCGAGGCGUGGAUGGCGGGGGGUUUGUUCCGGUCGCAGCUGCCGCUGGGCCAGCCCGGCGCGACGACGGUGUUCGUCGAGCAGAUGGCGCACGUGGUGGCGACGAUCCUGGCGCUCUCGCUGUUCCGCAACCCCGAGCCGCGGCAGCAGCAGCAGCAGCAGCAACGGCUCAUGGUGCGGCCGGACCCGCUCGUCUGGCAGAGCGCGGAGGUAGCGCCGAGCACGGUGAUCUCGGCGAUAUGCCGGGUGUUCCGGGGGCAGACGGCGUGCAGCGACGUGACGGAGUGGCACCGGGUGUGCCGGAAGCUCGCGGGCGAAUCGGAGGAAGGACGGCCGGAGAUCGAGCGGCGGAACGUGAUCAUAUCGGGGGGCGCCGGGCAGGCGGUGUGGCCGGCAACGAUAGUCGGGGCGGAGAAGCUGCCCGCGAGCGAUGAGAGCUACCUGCGGCUGCGGUGGUGCCGGGGGAAGAUCUUCAACAGCCAGGUCCAGCGGUCGUACCGCAGCGUCGUGGCCGCGAACUCGCACGUCACGCCGGACUGGGCACUAUCCCAAAGCGCAACUGCAACUGCAACGGGGACGAUGACGAUGACGAUGACAGCGGCCGCGGGACGACAACUCGCGGAAAAUACCCGGUACGUGUUCAACUCGGUGUUCCACCCGCAGAGCAACCAGGUCCUCGAAUGCAGCAUGGUCCGGACGCUGGAGUACGAAGGCAACAAGAUCACGAGCGCGGCUCUAGAUCCCACAGGCGUAAUCAAAGCCCUAGCCUCCGCGGAACGCAUCGAGUCGUGCCCGCACGACGAGAAGGCGUCUGUGGACAUGGACAGCACUACCACGAACGCUCGCGGCCACGAUGGCACGAUAGUUCCCGACAUGUAUCUCUGCACGCCCGAGAACCCGCUCCCCUGGCUGCGGGACUGGGCACGCAGGGCGGACGACGAGCAAGUAGCGCGGCAAGGUCUGAGCGAGCUGCUCCAGCGCGUGAGGAGCAUGGGAGGCGGGCCAGCAUCUGGCGCCGUGGCGGUGAUCCCUACCGCGGGUGACGACCGACUGCGGAUAUUUACUCUGUCCAAACCUGUCGGAGCGCAUGUAGCUAUUAGGGGACACGCGUGUCUGGCCUGCUGUGUUAAGUUCUGCAAGCAUUUUGGAUUUAGCGUGCUUGUGCUAUGAUGGUCGAGUAUGAGACCUUAUAAACACUAGGGAAGUAUGUUUGGUGGCUUUUGUAUAGCACGUCUAUUAUGAUGGGAAGAAGUCGGGAUAUUUAAGGAUAAGCAUUUUUUAACAGCGAACAUCUGUUGGUAUCAACAUG